CCGGGGCUCCGGAAGGGAAGGAGGCGUGUCCGGAGCCGGCGGGAGGGAGGGAGGUUGCGCUAUAAAAGUGCUGGCUGCUCGCCGGCCCGGGCUUCUCUCGCCGCCGCCGCCGCCGCCUCUCUCGCUCGCGCGGGGACCGGGACCGGGUUGCACCGCGGGACGCACCGGCCGUGCGGAGGGCGCAGCGCUCGCUCGGGCUACCCAAUGCGGGGACUAUCUGCAGCCGCCGCCGGUGCAAUAUGCUGGAGCUCCAGAACAGCUGAACGGAGUCGCCACACUGCUGCCUGGGCUGGAUCACAGCGCUGCUUUUCCUUAUGAAGAAGACACAAACUUGGAUUAUCACUUGCAUUUAUCUUCAACUGCUCCUGUUUAAUCUUCUCGUCAAGACCAAAGGGAUCUGCGAGAACCGUGUGACCGAUGAGGUGAAACACGUUGGGAGACUGGUGGCAAAUCUUCCAAAAGACUAUCAGAUAAACCUCAACUAUGUCCCCGGGAUGGAGGUUUUGCCCAGUCAUUGUUGGAUAAAUGAGAUGGUGGUACAUUUGUCAGUCAGCCUGACUACUCUUCUGGACAAAUUUUCAAAUAUUUCUGAAGGGUUAAGCAACUAUUCCAUCAUCAACAAACUUGUGAAAAUAGUGGAUGACCUUGUGGAGUGUAUGGAAAAGCCGUCAUUUAAGAAUAUAAAAACACCACCUAGAAGGAUACAGGCAAGGAAUUUUACUCCUGCAGAAUUCUUUGGGAUUUUUAAUAAAUCCAUCAAUGCCUUUAUGGACUUGGAGAUGGUGGCAUUUAAAGCUAGUGACUGCGUGUUCUCUUCAGCAUCAAGUCCUGAAAAAGAUUCCAGAGUCAGUGUCACAAAACCAUUUAUGUUACCCCCUGUUGCAGCCAGCUCCCUUAGGAAUGACAGCAGUAGCAGUAAUAAGCAAAGCUCAGACUCCUUUGAAGACUCCCACCUGCAGUGGGCAGCCAUGGCAUUGACAGCAUUCUUCUCUCUCGUGAUUGGGAUUGCUUUUGGAGCCUUAUACUGGAAGAAGAAACAGCCAAAUCAUACAAGAGCAGUUGAAACUAUACAGAUUAAUGAAGAGGAUAAUGAGAUAAGUAUGUUGCAAGAAAAAGAGAGAGAGUUUCAAGAGGUGUAAUUGUGGCUUUUAUCAACACUGUUACUUUCAUACACUGGCAGUAACAGUUCAUGUUUGCUUCAUAAAUGAAGCCGCUUUAAGCAAAUUUCAUAUUCUGUCUGGAGUGACAGACCGCAUCUUUUUUUUUUCUCUUGUUCUUGCUACCCAUGACUGUAUAUGGAUGAUUCAUAAAGUGGAACGAAGUGUUUUACUGUGAAAUCUGGCGCUGAAUUUAAUCAUCUAGAAAGAAGAUGUUGCAUGGAGCAGGACUCUAUUUUAAGGACCUCUGGGUAUGGGGGGGGGGGACAGACUUGUGGUCUCAUUUUGGAUCUUGCCACGGAAGUUGGAAAGAAAGCAUGUGUCCCAGACCGCACACACCAUUUUGCAUGCCUCCAGGAAGGCCUUGUUGCUGCAAAAACAAACAAACAAACAAAAAACCACAUAGCUUUAUUUUUCAGUUACAACCUGCAGUUUCGAGUUCUUUUGGUCUCUGCCAGUGGAUUACAUAGUGGAAAGUGGUGGUGGGGGGGGGAAGGGGGCCAACCAUUGUUCCCAAAGGGACAAAUCAAAAAACAAAUCAAAAAACAAGAAGCUCAAUGGUAUCACAGGCCACUGUCCCAUAAAGGCAGUGGGGACCAAGGGUUUGAAUAGACGACCUGUCAGCCUUGUAGCUACUAAUGAAAGAUAUGGGUCUAACCUUGGUCUCUUCCUGACACUGACCAUGUGUGCCCACAUCCCAUUAGAAAAAAUGGACACGGUUGACCGGACCUAUCCAGGUGACAGGGACUGAAACAGAACAGUGAUGCCUUUGCAAAGGGAAGACUCUCAAAACGACCAUCGCAGGAGGACGCUAAGAACACUGACCAGCAGAAUAGUCAGUGGUCAAGGAAGACUUUUGAACCCUUAGUAAAGCUGGCUUUUUUUCCCUUGACCACUGCAGGGGAUACAAAUCCUGCUUGCGAAAUAUAUUAUGAAAUGUCUAUAUUGUAAACCUAUUAGAUUUAUGUAAAAGGGACUUAGAAGAAAUUGUGGAAUGUACAAAGGUCCCAUUCUCAAUUUCUGCCAUGGGAGAAAGUACAAAAAAUAAAUUAAUGUUAUUUAGUAUCUAAGGUUAGAAAAUCACGCCCAGUUGCUAAAAGGGGUGUUGAAAACUAGGUUUACUUGCCUUUUACCAGAAUACAAGGAAUCAGGAAACUUUAGUUAUUUACAAUAUAAUCACCAUUAUCUGUUUAAAGGAUCCAUUUAUUUAAAAUCGGGCACUCUAUAGGCAUUAAGGUUUAUGAAUUUAAAAUAAAAGCAAGCUUUAUGUAGUUCUGCAUGUCAAUUUGCUGUUUAAGACGUGUGACAGGGUUUGUCAUAUUAAGGCAGAAUUCCCAACAUGGACACUGCACUUUUCAAAUACGACUUGUAAGAUGUCAUGUGAAUUUCCCCCUUGCCCAUUGUUUUCAAAGUCAAAGAAACAUCUGAUUAAAGGCAAAGAAUGAUUUCUGACAAUUUACAUGUUGAUGAAGGAUCUUUCAAUACAUCAUGGACAUAUAUACAUGAAGUGGUUUGAAAGCUACCCACCCACUCUGUCUUAAAUCCUUGUCAGAACACCACUGCCCUGCACUGCACCCAUCACUCAGAUAACCAUUUUUAAUGUAGUGGUUUGAAAAAGGACAAGAAAAAUCUUCUAGCUUCCCUUUGAUUUCAGAAGUCACAGAAAUUUCUGGUAGAGUUCGAUUUGAGCUAAUACAAAUACACUUCCAGUAGGUCUUUUUUUUUUUUGGUGUUUUGUACCAAAGAAUCCAGAUUUCUACAACCCCUUCUGUAAAGUACUAUGGUUUCUCAAAGAUGAGUCAGUUCUCUAAAAUAUAUAACUGAGAUGCUCUGGGAAACUGUUUACUUAUUCAGGCCCUUAGAUCCCCCAUGGUACAAUCAAUUAGUAGUAAGGCCAGAUAAAUCAGUUUAAUUGCUAAAAGGACCUGUCUCAGUGUGUGAUGUUGACUGUCGUGAGGGAAGUAGACAUAGAUUACUGAGUUAGGUGUGAAGAACUUGUGUAGAGUGAGAAGAUUUGACCCAGUGGUCUUGAUUUUUUUUUUUCCCCUAGACCGGUGAAAAAUGCUAUUUAACGUUUACGAGUACAGGAAGUGUGUUUUUGUACUCACAGCUAGUGGUUGACUUGGUAGCACUCAAGGACAUGGUCCUAAAUUAAUCCAGUUAAAUGAAUCCAGCAAGUUGUAAAAUCUGGUAUACCAGGCAAGGGGAGAUGUAUCCUGCCUGAUAAAUGUAUUGGUUCACUGGAGACUUCCUUGGAUUACCAAUGUUUGCAACACUAAAGCUCACUAGAAUGCAUGAAUAAUAGAAAAAUGCUAAACAUUUUUUAGAUGCUACGGCUUGGGCAUUAACUGUCAUAUUUGCUUUGGUUCAAAUAUAUAUAUAUAUAUAUAUACACAUAUAUAUCUGCUUUCUUUUGUCUGAUAGGUGUUCGGAAUAGUGUUCAUAAGUCCUAGAAGACUGCUUAGAGUAAACCAUGGAAUCACCUUCUAAACUGGUGCCAUGUAUCUGCUGAUUUCAUUUCAUUUGGUUUUCAAGUUUCCUUUUCAAGUAGUCUCAGAAAUAUUGAGAUUCUAACUGAUACCUAAAACUUGGUACCUUUUGAGUAGGACCCAGAUCUAUAAAGAAGCUGAACUGGCUCUGUUGAGGAAUUGCCUUCCUGGGGUUACCCAAGUGUUCCUGGAAUUAGCAUUCCAGCCCAGUGUUCUCACAACACUGCCAUUUUCUAAUGAGUGUGAGACAAACUGAUGUUUUUAAAGUAACAUAAUAGAGUCAUAAUUUAACCUCUUAAAAAGGAAUUAAGUAUGUGGGAAGUGAAAAUACAUGGAAAAAAUGAUGGCAAUGAAAUGUUUGGCUUUGGGCAAGAAUUUAGCACAUUUCAUUGAUCACUAAAGUAUCAUGGAAAAAAAAAAACAAACUUUGGUGCAUAUUUUGAUAUUCUAAUUGAAGUUAACAGAAAAGCCUGUUCAGAAUUCACAAAGUUCUCUGUAGCUAGGGUUUGUUUUCAGAAUAUAACUCCAUCAUAGGCCUUUUAGUCAUUCCAGAUCCAGAUAUUUUCAAAAAUGUCAAUUAAAGAAACAGGGUGAAUGAACACUGGCAGGAAUUGUCAGGAGGCUUCUGCCACUAGCUGGUCCUGGCAAAUCAGUUUACCUAUUUGGAUCUCAGUUUUUCAAUUUAUCUACACAGUGAACUCAGGUGACCUUGCAUGGGAAAUCUGUUGACAUUUGAGAUAAAAAUAGACUGAAAUUAAUCCAUACAAAAUACCCAACUCUUCUUUCUGUGAAGAAGCAAUUUGAACAUGAAAAUUCAUUCCUGUUCUUGUUUGUACUAUAAAUAGAAUUCCAUUAGUGAAAGUGAAAUUCAGUCUCAUGUAGGGUGAGUUGAAUAAGCAUUUACAGAAGAGAUGGCAUAUCCUUUGCUUAAGGAAAUAUUUUGGGUCAUCUCCCAAGAAUGAAAACCAUGAGUACAUGUUAGUCAAGAGACUGUAAAAUAUGUAACAUUUGGAAAUGUACCAAAUUAAGCAUUUAAACAUUCUAAUUUUAUUAAAAGAGCAGAAAGGUAAAAUGCUCAGGAUGACGAAUGUCAAGAAAUAAUUUAGAAUCCAUUUGGAAAAGAAGUGAAUCGAUACAUUGCAUUUUUAAAUGGAAAAAUGGGAGCACUUUCAAUCAAGCCAGAUUGUUAAUGAAACAAUAUUAUUUCAAAAUUUGCAAUAAAACACUCAUUCAGAUUGGAGAUUUCACUACAUGUCUGGUGUUUAAUAACACAUUUUAUGGUGUCGCUGCCUUCCCUUAGCAAGUUUAGAAGAAAUGCUUUUGUGUAUAAAGAUAAAAUGGGACUCUUAUUCCCAAACAAGCUAUUGUUCUAGAAAUUGAAAAGGGAUGGUCCUGAUCCUAAGAUAUUUUUCUGAGCACAGUAAAUUUAUAACUGCCAUCUCCAACUACAACUUGAUAUUAAAAAAAAAAAAAGUUUAAAAAAUAUUCUUUUCAGUUCCAUAAUUUCUGAGCUGUAAGACUCACUAAAUAAAAACUUUCCAUCAUAAGGUCUUAUUCUCGUACGUGCUAAGAUUAGUGUGUGAUUAUAGUGUCCCUUGUCACUACUUUUUUUUUUUUGCCUUCAGGGUUAUUGCUGGGGCUCAGUUCCUGCACUACAAAGCCACUACUCCUGGAGGCUCUUUUUCCCAUUUUGUUGCCCUUGUUGUGCUUGUUGUUGUAGUUGUUACUGUUGUCUUAGCCGUUGUUGUUAGAUAGGAUAGAGAGAAAUGGAGAGAGGAGGGGAAGACAGAGAGGAGGAGAGAAAGAGAGACACCUGCAGACCUGCUUCACUGCUUGCAAAGCUACUUCCCUACAGGUGGGGAGCCGGGAGCUCGAACCAGGAUCCUUGCGCCAUGUGCGCUUAACCCGCUGUGCUACCGAUUGUCACUACUUUUUAAAUAGAUGGACUUGAAAAGUAUUCAGAUGUUAAGAUGGAUGCACAGAUGAUGUUGCUUAGAUUGGAGUUUGCAUAUUGUAAUGUAAAUGUAUGUCAACACUAUUCUAAAUAGUCUUAUGAUGACUGAAGUUUAAUUAAAUAAAAAGGUUGUAAAAUGUGA